AUGGCUGUGUGAGUUUUUCCUUUCUCUUAUUCCUACAUAUUUAAUACUUCGUAUGUUCCAAGAGAGUUUAGCUGGUUCUUUCAACAUUUUUGUUUUUUUUCCCUGAGUCCAACUUUCGAUUGCUGUUUUCUCCCCGAUGAAUAAUUUUCCCUUCAAAUGGCAAUUCAUCGUACAGGGUUGCCUCAGCUCCUGGGAAGGUACUGAUAACUGGAGGAUACCUCAUUUUGGAGAAACCUAAUGCUGGAAUUGUUCUCAGUACAAAUGCUCGCUUCUAUGCCAUUGUUAGGCCACUAUGUGAGGAGAUUAAGCCUGAGAGCUGGGCAUGGGUACGUGCACUAUCAUUUCGGUUCAUUAUUCUUCCCCUUUUCUGUCUCGCUUACCUUUAGUCAGUUUAUUCUGUUUUACACAAUGCAUUCUCCAAGAAUUAUCAUAUCACUGAGUACUCCUGGUUGACGUAAUCUUUAUGUCGCCAUUAAAGUAGCAAAUAGGUUGAUAUUUCCUAUUUGGUACUCAGUUACUGGAUUAUUCCAAGUUAUAAUUAUAGAGAAAGGGAGAAGUUUUGCCAUCUAUAAUGCAUGCUGUGUAGAAUAGAUUUCCUGCAAUCCAUUACGAUUAUGGUUGAAAUCACCAGUUAACUCAGUUGAAGUCAUCUACAACAUUAACAUAUUAUGGGACUAUGAUCUUUAACUUCAAAUAACUUUUUGUGCUCCUUGUGUGACUGUUCAAAAGUCUAAUUACGUUAGAAUGGAAAACCAAGCCCCAUUUCAUGGAGAUUACUUCGGCAGUGACGUCAAUUCAUGAACAUUUUGUCAGUACUAUAUUUUUUUACAGCGUGAUGAAUGUUAUGUUUUUAAAUGAUGUAGAGGUAUGUUUACGUUGUUUAUAAUGGCGAGUGGCCCUAUUUUUUCUCAAGUUUCGAAAACUUAUAAAUGAGAAAAGAUUUGAUACGGCUUUAUGGUUCUGUAGAUUUAUUUUUUUAAUCCUAUUCUCGAUCUUGGCUCUACUUCCAAACGCCAUCAAUGAGUAAAUUGGAACAGGAAAAGUAUCUACUGGAGUGAUGAUCGUGGUAGAAAAUUAUCUAUUUCAAGGUAUCUGUAUAAAACAUGAGAGAUAUCUGAGAAAAUCUGCAUAUAACAUCCAUCAAGCGACCUAAUAUAUAGCUACAAAUAAAAUUCUGCUUGUAACUAAGUUUUAGUUAUCCUGAAUGCAAACAAUGACAAUAAAUAGGAAGGCUCCGGAAAUGGGGUGUGAGAUCAAUGGGCCGAAUUGACCAGGCGCGAAAGAAACUGUUGGGUCGAUUGACGGCCAAUGAGGGGACAGAAUAAAUACGAUUUCCAUACCGCAAUUUUCUGCAGUAAGGACCAUAUUCAUUACAUUCUAUCUGUUUGUGUUGUCUCAGAGCAGGCCUGGACAGACGUGAAACUGACAUCUCCACAGCUCUCUAGGGAGGCCACGUAUAAGUUGUCCCUUAAGCAUGCAACACUUCAGUGUACUUCUUCAAGGCAAGUCUUUGUUUGAGUAUGAUGAUGUGCAAUCGACCUUUAUUGCUUUUCCUGUCUAGUUUGUUUAUGUACUAGCAUAUAACUUUUAUACAUGAGAAAAUGCUGUAUUUAUGAUAUUGUCUUCUGGUCAUUUUUUCCCGAUUUCUACCUUAUUCGAAUAUAGAACUUGUGUACACCAGUGACAGCGUCAUCUCUGUUUACCGCAUAAUGAAAUUGGUGCUAUUACCCACUUUUUCUUUAAAAGAGAAGAGCUUCUUUUCUUUUCAUCAAAGUGUUUUCCAAUGUCGUGAUAAACUGCAAAAUUGAAGAUUCCAAGGAUUGCUUUCUGAUUUCUGGAUAACAAACUGCACAAUCAUGACCUGAUCUCCCUGACAAUCAACUUGACUUGCAAGAUUUUUGUAGGCCACCUUUCUGACCAAAGUUUCGUUGACCAGAAAGCUGUCAUUUGACUUUACUUUUGGAUCAGUAAGAAAAGAAAGCUAACAUAAGUCUUAUCGAAUCCUUCAAUUAUUUUUUGACUUGGCCAACGGUUGACUGAUGCAAUGAUUUUUUACUGUAAGGAUGUUGUUUUUGCUGUAAUUGUCUUGAUGUCUUCGUAGCACCAAAGAUUAGCAUUGGUGAUGAUCUCAUUCAAAAUUUGUCAUCCAUUGUGCUACAACAAGUAGACACUUGAACUUUGUGUAUUAUUGUCUUUUAUGUACGCAUUUAGCUCAGUCAACUUGGAUACAUCUCAUAUAAUCAGCUAAUGCUGUCAGUAGUUGUAAAUUUUAGUUAUUUAUUUCCUACUUCAGGGAUUCUGUCAAUCCUUUUGUGGAGCAAGCGGUUCAAUAUUCUGUGGCAGCCGCACAGGCUAUACAUACCGACGAAGAUAAGAAGAAUACACUAAACAAUCUACUUCUUCAAGGUGAUUCUUGAGGAAAUUUAUGGUACCCUUUAAAGUCAUCUGCCUUUGCAUGUUUAGUUCUUACCCAUCCUCUAGUUUGAGAAUGUUAGCUAGCUCCAUUGAUCGAAAUUGCAUUGAUCAGGUAUUGACAUUAAAAUAUUGGGUUGCAAUGACUUUUAUUCAUAUCGGGAUCAGGUAUGUAGUUCUUAUUUCUGUUGCCUAUUUUCAUUUGUUUACUCACUUGAUUGUCUUUUACUUUGGGUGCUCAUGCCUGAAAUAUCAGUUAUCAUGGGAAGGUGGUGAUCUGUCCAAAGGGAAAUGUUGUUAAUCAUAAAGCGUCAAACAUUAUGGAUUACGGUGUCUCAUAUUUCUGGGUUGAAAAUUGGUGCUCUUAGUUAAAGAUUCUGUCAGAUCCUCUAAACCAUCUCUCUUAUUUUUAUCGUCUCCUUCAUUAGACGUGACAGGUGUUGUUUUUGAUCCAGUUGGUGUUAUUUUUGCCCGGCUUCACUUUUUUUAUUCUAUAUAUCCAGUUAUGACCCUCGAACAACUUUCAGGAAGAGAAUAAAUGGUGCAAAUAUGACCGUCAUUAAAGGUUUUUUCAUGCAAAUGUUCUUAUCUGACAACUAUUUUUCCUUGGGAAGAGCUCUUAUACAGUAGAAAAAUGUUGUGACGAUAGUUCUGACAUAAUCAGAUAGUAUAGUGUCUCAUCAAUGAGUUUUCAAGUGGCUUACGUUCUUGAUUUAAUUGUAGGAUCUAUGGGGCUUUUACAGAUGUCUCUAUCAAGAGGAAUAGAUAGAAAUCAAUUUACUUCUUUACAUGUUUUAAAACAAUUAACUGAACUUAGAUGUUUGAUGCGUUAUUAUAUGACAAUUUAAUUUGCAGAUUGAAGCCCAUGGUUUACCUUUGAUCCCAGAGACCCUGUCCAAGCUUCCUCCCUUUUCGUCUAUUACCUUUAAUGCGACAGGUUCGAAUGGAGCAAUUUCUGGGGAGACUUGUAAGCCAGAGGUUGCAAAAACAGGUCUAGGUUCAUCUGCUGCAAUGACCACUUCAGUAGUUGCAGCUUUACUGCAAUACCUCAGAGUUGUUGAUCUCCAGUUAUCAUCCAAAAGAACAGUUGUGGGUAAUGUGGCUUAUUCAGAUCUUGAUCUGGUGCAUCUUAUUGCUCAAUGUGCACAUUGCAUUGCUCAAGGGAAAGUUGGUAGUGGUUUUGAUGUCAGCUCUGCUGUCUACGGCAGUCAACGUUAUGUUCGAUUUUCUCCCUCAGUUCUAUCUCCUGCUCAGGUUUUUUUCUCCUUUCUUUUGUCAUCUACUUAUGAUCUUCUAUGCACUUGUUCACCUCAGGAUAUAUUGCUUGGGUAUCUUUAUUUGUAGCUUUUAUAAAUGAUCUCGUUUAAUUUGGUUGAGACUUACUCAUGAUUCUUCUUAUCGUACUAGAUAUCUCGGUUGAUGAAUAUGCUUCUAGUUUUUGUGUUAUACUCUUCAUGAUAGUUGGACGAAUUUCCGUCAGAUUUUUUUUAAAGUUAAUAUAACUUUUUUCUGAGUGGAUUAUCUUCACCUACCCAUUAUGUUUUCCGAAGAUCGGUUAUGGGCACUGGCUCAAUGAUGGAAAUGAUGACGAACCUAUCAUAUGAGGACUUAAAUUGCCAUUAACUGUGUGGGUUUUCGUCAUCUAUAUGGAACCUGCGACAUUCAUGUUAUGUAAAACUCAAGGAAUGUGUACCACUAUAACCUUGGUCGUUUCUAAAGCCAAAAAUAUUACAAAUGUUCAAAAUCAUGUGACACAUUGUCUUAGUUGAGUGACAUUAUGGGCCAUGUUAGUCUUGUUGGAACAUUUUAUUUAUUUUUUAAUAUGGUUUAUAGAAUCACUCUGUGGAACUCAAAACAUGAAAUUUAACCCAAUCAUAUACUGACAUUUGUACUAAAAAAAAUUAAAGAUUAGUAUAGCCGCACUCAUGGCCGUUCUGACCUGGGAGCCCUGGCAGAAAAAUCAACUGGAAGAUUGUCAGUGAGCCACGGACAUUUAUGGAUAAUUGAAAUAUGGUACUGUUGAAACUUUUAAGAAAAGGUGCGAAAACACAGGAAAAUUGGAUUGCCAGAUAAUCGUUUUUUGUUUGCUUUUCUGAUGAAGGUUUGGGAUGGUAUGAUUCUCGAUGUCCUUGACACUGAAGCUGUUAGUUUUGUUUAAAUCAAUGGCGUUAUGUCUGGGAAUUGGUCUUCUCUGUGCAAAUAUGUUUUUGUCUCCUUAAUUCUACUCUCGAGGCAUACAAAUAUUGAAGAUAUCUAACGACAUUCUUUUCAUACAAAUGCAGAUUUUUGGGGGUAAUCAGUUGCAUAGUGCUGUUAUUGAUGUAAUGAAAGAGAAGUGGGAUCAUGAGAGGACUCCAUUUUCAUUGCCACCAUUAAUGGAACUUGUGAGUGUCUAAUAGCUUGGCUAUUGAUGUUCAAUUUUAUCUGUGCCAGACUGGUGACGAUCCUGAAGGUUGUCAAUAAUGGAUGUUUUACUGUAUACCUAGAUCAGUUUAGGAGGAUAACAAAUUUUGGUGCUCGAUAGUAUGACCUAGUAGAAGGUUUUUGAACUGAUAUUUGCUUAAUCUUUUGGGAAUAUCAUCUUGUUUUGUAGAUUUCUUCUAGGAACUUUACACUUAUUAUUGCUUUUAAUGAGGUUCUUAAUGAAUUGGAAAUCUAUCAAUGGCAGCUACUAGGAGAGCCGGGCACUGGAGGGUCAUCUACUCCAUCCAUGGUGGGUGCUGUUAAGCAGUGGCAAAAGGUUGAUCCUGAGAAAUCCGUGGAAACAUGGAAACGUCUGAAGGAAGCAAAUUCAAUUGUUGAGGAGCAAUUCAAAGCCUUAAGCCUACUGGCAGAGUCACAAUGGGAGGUCUACAGAGACAUUAUCGUCAGAUGUAGUGGCCUUACCCAUAACCAGGUAAUCUUGCCUCGUUCGUUUUGAAAAUUUUGUAACACAUGAAAAAGAAAAUAAAUUCUGAUUAUGAGUUCAUAAGUGUCACUAAUUACAAACCCAUACACGCGUUUUCAUUAUUUACCAGGUGCAGUUUGAAAAGGUAUGUUGGGAGAUUUGAAAUCCGCCUUGUAGCCUGUCAUAUUUUUGUUGCUUAGUUUCAGUUUUCAAGCAAAGCAUUUGGUAUUUGUGAUGCCGGUGGCAGUAGAAGUAGGUGUGAUUAAUCUGAAUGAAACGGUGUUAUGGUGAUUCUGAAGGGGUGGUACUUGUGGUUACAUCAAAUGUGCGGGUGCUUAUUGUUGUGGUGUCAUUGAUCUUCGUCGGUAGACUGUAGUAGAUAUCAAUUGUCCACCGUGGGUGUUGCCUGUCUUAGCACUAAUUUAAUGGCAACGAUGGUGGAUAAGGGUGCUCAGUGUAGAACGCAAAGAAUUCUCAUGCACUCAGAUGACCGAACUGACUUCAAAAUGUUAUUCAAAUUUUAGCUGUGAGGGUUUUUACUCUCAGACGAGAGCAAAUUUGGUAAAUUCAGCCAACUUAACGUGCACUGAGACGACAAAGUAAAUGUUCUUUUCCAAGGUACCCUUGUGGGCAAAUUUUCUUGUCAAAUCACAGACGAUUCAAGCUUUUUCCCUUACAUUAAUUAGUACUUAUGUAUAUUAUCUUCCGUCUCUUUGCAGUAUGGAACACUAUUUUUUGUGAACAAAAUUGGAAACAUGAGCACUAUUUCAGACAAGUUUCUGUUAAUAAUGAUGAUGCCAAUUUGGACUGUUCGGAAAGUCUGUAGAAGCUAUAAAUGCAGUUUCAUUUAAUCCAUUGAUUUGAUUCCCUAUUUCUUAUCUUUAUACCACAUUAAGGGUUAAACACCUUAAUAUAAAUAAAUUGUUUUUGAUAUUUACAGUGGGCGGAACAAAUAACAGAUGAGCAUCAGAAAGCUGUAGUUAAGUCAUUGCUGGGAGCAAAAGAUGCUUUUCUGCAGAUUCGAUCAUUUAUGCGACAGAUGGGGGAGGCCGCCAGCGUUCCAGUAAGGUUUUCAUCCUUAUUGCAGUAAAUGUCUCGUUGCUCUGUUGGUUCUCAUCAGGUUUUCUCAUCUUUCUGAUUUCCUUGUGGUCUCUUACAUGUGAAUUUCAGGUCCUUGGUUGGGUGAAUUAGUGUUUUUCCUUCUAACUAUUCCACAUCAUAUAUAUUUCCUUCUUUCCCCGAAGGUUUUAGGACAAUUUCCUUUUUAUUCGAACGCAGAUAGAGCCAGAAUCACAGACACACCUUCUGGAUACUACAAUGAAGAUCAAAGGCGUCCUGCUAGCUGGAGUGCCAGGCGCGGGUGGAUUUGAUGCAGUGUUUGCAAUUACAUUGGGGGAUACCAACAGCAGAGUAAUCCAGACCUGGACUUCACUUGGUGUCUUACCCCUUUUGGUGAAAGAAGACCCUAGGGGGGUUUCUCUUGAGAGUGGUGAUCCACGAACUCUGGAUAUGCCAUCGGCAAUUUCGUCCGUCCACAUUGAAUAA